GCCGGGGCACUAGGUGGCGUGAUGGGCAAAACUGCGAUAUUUUCGCAGCAGAACCACCCACAAGCGCGUCACGUUCUUCCAAGGGUCGUCAUCGUAGGCAAAAGCAGACAGUGAUGUGUGACGCCGAAGGAACAAAGACGAGGCAAUGGAUGGUCCGCCUUGAUAUAUAGGCAUCUAGGCGCAACUGUCCUCUUCACCGGAAGCCCGAGCUUUUGCCGAGCUGAAGACAGCCUAACUAGUCGUCUAGGGCAGUGUUUGUUGCACCGCAACGCCGAAGCAGCGGCCACAUUUCUUUCGCUCACCAGGAACGUCGGCGUCAUGGCGAACGAAUCGAGUGCUUACGCCGAGACCGGAUUCGAAGUACAGCUGUACGUGUACCACCUGUCCAAGGGACUCGCCAAGGAACUCUCUCCCGCUCUCCUCGGGAAGGAGCUGCCCGGCGUGUGGCACACGAGCAUCGUCGUCCGCGGCACGGAAUACUUCUUCGGCUCGACGGGCAUCGACAGCUGUCCGGCGGGACAGACCGCUCUCCAGGAACCGGACAAGGUCGUGAGCCUCGGUCGCACGGAGCUUCCGCACGACGUCUUCUUGGAUUACAUGUGGCAACUGGGAGAGUACAGCUACAAGGCCAGCACGUACGACCUUUUCCGCCACAACUGCAACAACUUCUCGCAACACGUCGCCGUCUUCCUGACCGGCAAUUCCAUCCCACGAGAGAUCCUGGAACUCCCCGACGAUUUCUUGAGCACGCCACUGGGCCGUACGCUGGUGCCUCUCUUCGAGCGCCUCGCGAUUGCUGUCGAUAUGGCGCUAGGACAGGAUUCUCUAAGCGGACAAAAUUCGAAAAGUUAGAGCGCUAGGAGAGAUGACUGCUGAUGCAAGAGCUGGUGAUGAUCCCUUAUAACAAUUUCUAGCAGAAUUCAGUAGCAUUCUUUUUUGUUGUUGACCGUAGUUUACUUGAACCCACCAACUAGCUCAUUGAAAUGUUUCUAUUCUUUAUGCUUCCCGACAACUCACUAAUAAAUCCCAUCGAUAAUUGACAGCCAGCUGUCACUUGAAA